UACAAAUUGCUGGUAGGCAUGCUGUGGUGGUUGGACGUAGCAAGAUUGUUGGUGCACCAAUGCAUGACUUGCUUCUGUGGAAUAAUGCCACAGUGACCACAUGCCAUUCAAAGACUAUCCAGUUGUCUGAGGAGGUGAAUAAAGCUGAUAUUCUUGUGGUUGCAACUGGACAGCCUGAAAUGGUGAGAGGAGAAUGGAUUAAACCUGGAGCUAUAGUAAUAGACUGUGGAAUCAACUAUGUUCCAGAUAAUGGAAAACCUAAUGGAAAAAGAGUUGUGGGGGACGUGGCUUAUCAUGAAGCAAAAGAGAAGGCUUCCUACAUCACGCCAGUUCCUGGUGGAGUUGGACCCAUGACUGUGGCAAUGUUAAUGCAGAGCACAGUAGAAAGUGCAAAGCAUUUCCUAGAGAAAUGUACACCAGGAAAAUGGAACAUCCAGUAUAACCAUCUUAGCCUCAAGACCCCUGUUCCAAGUGACAUUGAAAUAUCACGUUCUUGCACACCAAAGCCCAUUGGUUACCUGGCUAAAGAAAUUGGCUUGCUCUCUGAAGAAGUGGAAAUGUAUGGUCAGACAAAAGCCAAGGUUCUGCUGUCUACCUUAGAACGCCUGAAACACCAGCCUGAUGGAAAAUAUGUGGUCGUAACGGGAAUAACCCCUACACCUCUGGGAGAAGGAAAGAGUACAACCACACUAGGGCUGGUUCAAGCUCUGGGAGCACAUCUUCACCAGAAUGUUUUUGCUUGUGUUCGACAACCAUCUCAGGGCCCAACCUUUGGAAUAAAAGGUGGAGCUGCAGGAGGGGGCUAUUCUCAGGUUGUUCCAAUGGAAGAGUUCAACCUCCAUCUCACUGGUGACAUCCAUGCCAUUACUGCAGCUAAUAAUUUGGUUGCUGCUGCUAUCGAUGCCCGAAUAUUCCACGAACUGACACAGACAGACAAGGCUCUCUUUAAUCGUUUGGUACCUUCAGUCAAUGGAGUGAGGAAGUUCUCAGAUAUUCAAGUCCGUAGGCUGAAGAGACUAAGAAUUGAGAAAGACGACCCUGCCACCUUAACAGAUGAAGAAAUAAAUAGAUUUGUGAGAUUGGAUAUUGAUCCAGAAACCAUAACCUGGCAAAGAGUGUUAGAUACCAAUGACAGAUUCCUAAGGAAAAUCACAAUUGGUCAAUCACCAACUGAAAAAGGACACACACGAACGACUCAAUUUGACAUCUCUGUGGCUAGUGAAAUCAUGGCAGUUUUGGCACUUACCAGUAGUCUAGAGGAUAUGAGAGAGAGAUUGGGCAAGAUGGUGGUGGCAAGUAGUAAGAAAGGAGAGCCGAUCAGUGCCGAAGAUUUGGGAGUGAGCGGUGCUUUGACAGUGUUGAUGAAGGAUGCAGUCAAGCCCAAUCUCAUGCAGACAUUAGAGGGGACCCCAGUGUUUGUUCACGCUGGACCAUUUGCCAAUAUUGCACAUGGAAACUCCUCAAUCAUAGCCGACAGGAUCGCACUGAAGCUCGUUGGCCCUGAAGGGUUUGUAGUGACUGAAGCAGGAUUUGGAGCAGACAUCGGAAUGGAAAAGUUUUUUAACAUCAAAUGCCGAUAUUCUGGUCUCCGUCCUCAUGUGGUGGUACUUGUUGCCACUAUUAGAGCUCUCAAAAUGCACGGAGGAGGCCCAACAGUCACUGCUGGAGUACCUCUACCAAAGGAUUACAUAGAAGAGAACCUGGAGCUGUUGGAAAAAGGCUUUUGCAACUUGGGCAAACAAAUUCAAAAUGCCAAGAUAUUUGGCAUUCCAGUAGUAGUGGCUGUGAAUGCAUUCAGGAGUGAUACUGAGGCAGAAGUGGAGCUAGUUGUCCGUCUGGCUAAGGCGGCUGGAGCCUUUGAUGCUGUGAAGUGCACUCACUGGGCAGAAGGGGGAAAGGGAGCUGCUGCCCUCGCUCGCGCUGUCCAGAAUGCAUCACAGGCACCAAGUCACUUCCAGCUCCUCUAUGAUGUGGAGCUCCCUGUUGUAGACAAGAUCAGGAUAAUUGCACAGAAAAUCUAUGGAGCCGAUGAUGUUGAAUUAUUGCCAGAGGCUCAGCAUAAAGUCGAAGUCUACACAAAACAGGGAUUUGGAAACCUACCUAUCUGCAUGGCCAAAACGCAUCUGUCCUUAUCUCAUGACCCAGAGAAGAAAGGUGUGCCCACAGGUUUUGUUCUACCAAUCCGUGACAUCCGGGCCAGUGUUGGUGCUGGCUUUUUGUACCCUUUGGUAGGGACGAUGAGUACAAUGCCUGGUCUCCCGACUCGGCCCUGUUUUUAUGACAUUGACUUGGAUCCUGUAUCAGAACAAGUAAAUGGAUUGUUCUGAAUUGAUUAGGUGUAUCUUCCAGGAGCUACAUUGGAAGUUUACCCAGAAGCCUGCAUUUGUAGUGCCUGAUUUUAUUAAUUAUCACAUGUAGAUUUGCUUAAAUCAUGGAAGUGUCUUUAUCAGUCCUUAUGAAAUGCAAUUAAAUAAAAUAAUUCUAAUAUCUUUAAA